CUUCGCCACACGUUCCAAUGUAGCUACUUGGCCGGCCAACAUGGCUGUUAGCAAUGCCGCUGCGCCUGCGAGGAAGAGGACAUGCAGAAGCGGUAUCCUUUGUGUGCUAGCUCUGUGCUUCGGCAAGAUCAUGCGGCUUGAGGCCACCGCCGUGGGAGGCAACGACCUGAGGAGGCGACUUGAUGUGAGCGAUGAAUUUGAGAACGCCAAGGCCCGUGUUGAGGAGGCUCGAGGAGACUCGCAAGGUUCAACAUCCCAAUCUUCGGGUCGAGAAGGCAAGAGGCGGGAGCUUCGCACGCCACCAGUGGUGGAGGACAUCAUCGCCGGUGCAUUAGUGGGAGCCGUGACCGGCGCGGUCGCUGGUGCUGGCAGCGGCGCCGCGCUGGGCGGUGCCGGCAACAGUGGCUUCGCCGGUGCUGCCGGGGGCGCCGCUUCCGGCGGCGCCUUGGGCCUCACAAGUGGCGCAGUGGCAGGGGCCGCCAUGGCCACAGCCAACCCAGACGUGGCUGCAGCCGGCGUCGGCGCGGCAGGUGUCGGUGCUGCUGCUGGCGUGGCCGCGGUUCUGAACCGUGUAGAAAUUGUGCGACCAGACCAGUAUGGGCGAUGGCCGUCCGCAGUCCCGCCGUACAUGGAUCAGCCCUCUGUGGUUCCACGACCCACGUCUCCAAGCCAGGUACCGGCCAAAGAAGAGCCAGUGUAUGUCGCGCCACCGGCGGCUCCUGAAGUGAAUGCAUCCCACAGCGGAGAGGCAGUCAGCAGUCCGGAUGCAGGAGAGGCGCCGGCCAGAGACAGUGAGCAGAGUGGCCCUGGCAUGCAGCGCAUGCAGCCGGACAGCGAGGCUACAGAGACAGGAAGUGCUGGACAGGUGCAGCACAAGCACUGGAAAAGAGCUAGUUUGCAGAAGGCAAAUAAUAUGCUUUCUGCGGAGAUAGAGGCCAACAGCGGUGAGGUCGUCGCCAAAGCAUUGCAUGACCUGGGCCUUUUGCUCUUCAAGCUCCGGCAGUUGCAGGCAGCCAGCGAAGCUGCCAUAGCACAGGCAACUGAGGAGACUCUGCAGCGAGCGAAAAGCUUUCGCAAGAAGGCCAAAGAAGCUGAGCCAGAGGAGAGCUAAGCAGCUCGUCUUUUGAUGCUAUUGCUGUCCUUUUUCUUGUGGG